ACUCGUGCAUCCAUCUGGGGAAGAAAAGAGGCAGCACAAGAGUGUCUGGCUCAAGUCCAGCUCCUACUUCAUGGAUAUGAAAUGUCCAGGUUGCUGCAAAUUCCCUACUGUAUUCAGCCAUGCUCAGUGCAGCUCAGG